UAUAAAGGUCAUGAGAAGAAGUCCAACUCUGAACCUCGGCCUGCUGAGCCACCAUGAUAGCUUGGCAACACUGUACUCGAUUAGCGGAUGUUGGUACACAAACUGAAAGAUGAUGAAAACACACUCACACCGACACACACACACACCUACUAAUUCCCCAUUUUAUAUAUAAAAUCCUUAAUCCCUCACAGGAAUUGAAGCACACAUUGUCCAGGUCUUAGGUUAAUUGGUCUCAUGAGCUAAUUAACACAGCUAAUGAUCGGCCACAACCAGCAGAAGACAGUUUCACUGUUUCAAUGAUAUGAGCUCAAUUACUGCAGCCCCCUCCUGAUCUAUAACUGCCACCUCAUCCCAAUUAAAAACACAGUUCAUAACGUCUGUGUUCGCUAACUUCAGUGCCAAAAGGGCAGAGCAGGAUAUUGAGACAUAGAUUGUUAUUAGUUUAUUUAUAUUUAUCACUCACAGAAAGAUUACAGAACAUAACUUCAGUCAGUUUGUGAAGAUAAAUCUGACAGUUAUCAUAUUUAACAGCUGUCAUAAAGUGCUGUAAACUGGAGUGGAGUGUGACAAACAUCCUUUUGACAGUAGGCCGCUCUUGCCUCCUAGUGGCUGUGUUGACACAUUUCAUCAGUUUAUCUAGUAAUAUUUUGUCUAUGAUUGUUUUCAUCUGUCGAGCACAUGCAGGAGGUGGACGAAAUAACAGGAACAUUUUACAAUAUUGUGCAAUCCAAUAUAACAAAAUGACAAACAAGGCAUCAAAAAUUACCAUUUAGAAAAAAGAGAAAUACAGCUGUUCUCUCUUUUCUUUAGAUAGAAACAAAAACUGAACAUUAAACACUUCACAGAGGUUGUAUUUGCAGCGACUUUACUGCUGGAUUGCAUUAUAUUAAACAUAUCUUAUAUUUAUAUCAUAUAUUUUAUUGUGCACUCUGUACAGCAAACAACUGACCAUGAAUUUUAUCUGUUGGAACUUAAAAGACAUAAUCUUUACACUAACUCCACCUAAAAAUGUAAGAGUUUUUAUUCAUUUCAAAUAUAAAACUGAUCUUUCUUAACAUGUAUUUCUUUAAGAAUCUGGAUAAAGAGAAAGGGAUGACUGGUUUUCAGAGUGUGAUCAUCAUCAUCCAUCAUUGCAUGUCACUUCACAGCUGUUAAACAUUCAAACUGCAUUGUUUUCUUGUGAAACAUCAAAUCUUGCCUCACCGCGCUCCUCCAAAAGCUGUACAAAUCCCUAUUUCAUAGAGAAAUGGAGAUGUCUAUCUAGUGUUUCCUUAUUUUUCUGCAGGAAGGCACUAGGCUUGUUGACUUCCUCUCCCCUCCCUUCCUUCCUUCUCUCCGAAGGUACUCAUCUGAAAAAUGAGAACAAAGUGAUUGUUCCUGUUCUCUUUCUUAAGUCACUUCAAAUGCUAUCCGUGGACGGGCGGCUCAUUGUCAGGAGAGUUGCACUGCGAGCAGGAGGGAGAGAACGCAGGUACAGGUACAACAGCAGCAGCUGCAGCAGCAUUUCAGACAGCACAGAGCCACAGCAUCACAGAAAACACACUCUGCUACACUCAGCUGAGAGAAGAUGGAAACAGAUACAGUAAAUUUCUCACCAGCAAGAAGUCCUCCUGUCAGAGAUAGAGCAAGAGAGCUAAGGCAACCAUCUCAGCAUGGUUUCUACCUAAGCCCACCUCCGCUCUAUAUUAAGCCCCCAAAAUUCUCCUCUGCCAGAUACCCCAGCAUAUCACCCACCAGAGACACCUACAGUGCAUUAGGCCCACCUGCUUUCUUUCCCAUGCUUGGCCCCAGUUAUACGCAAAAGGAAGGAUCCCAAAAACGUAAAAGAACUCCUUUCAAAAUGGACGCAAAGGGAUGCGAGUCUCCAGAAAGAGGAGCAGAGGAAGAGGAGGAAAGCAGCAGGAAGAAGACGGUGGACCUCUCUCAUAUUCCCUUCUCCCUCCCAUCUCGCCCUAUUCCCUCCCCAUCUCCGAAGACCAUCCCUGGCAUGAUCGAGUUAAACAGGCUGCAGCUGCAUCACAGAUCACCUGGUCUGAAUCUACCUGUGCAGGUGAAACAAGAGCCUCUCAGUCCUUCCCCUGUUUGGCCUCCUUCUCCUCUUCUCCUCCACCCUCCGUACUUCCCCCCUCUCCACCAUAGCCUCCUACCAUACCCCUUCUUCAUGCCUGGGCCCGUCAUGCACCUCUCCCCUGGACCUUUCUACCCCAAAGAGGACCUCCGACCCAGUCACCGCAGCCGUGACGGACCUCCUCGAGGCGGGAUGACCAACGCUGAGAAGCUGGGUCUUAACGUCCAUGUUGAUGACAGCUACUACGUGGAUGUGGGAGGUGACCAAAAGCGAUGGAAGUGUCGCAUGUGCGAGAAGUCCUACACCUCCAAGUACAACCUGGUCACGCAUAUCCUGGGGCACAGCGGCAUCAAGCCACAUGGGUGCCACCUGUGUGGAAAGCUGUUUAAGCAGCUGAGCCACUUGCACACACACCUGCUCACCCACCAGGGCAUGCGUCCUCACAAGUGCCAGGUGUGCCACAAGGCCUUCACCCAAACCAGCCACCUGAAGAGACACAUGAUGCAACACAGUGACGUGAAGCCAUACAGCUGCAGCGUGUGUGGCCGAGGCUUCGCUUACCCCAGUGAGCUCCGCGCUCAUGAGUUGAAGCAUGAGAAAGGCCAGGAGAACGUAUGUGUAGAGUGUGGUCUGGACUUUCCCACGCUGGCCCAGCUGAAGAGGCACCUGACUGCCCAUCGUGGCCCCACCUUGUACAGGUGUGCAGAGUGCCAGAAGACUUUCCAGUACCCGAGUCAACUUCAGAACCACAUGAUGAAACACAAAGACAUCAGACCGUACAUCUGCAGCGAGUGUGGGAUGGAGUUCAUCCAGUCACACCACCUGAAACAGCACACUCUCACCCACAAAGGGGUGAAGGAGCACAAGUGUCGCAUCUGUGGUCGUGAGUUCACCCUGUUGGCCAACAUGAAGCGCCAUGUCCUCAUCCACACCAACAUACGGGCCUACCAAUGCCACAUGUGUUUCAAGAGCUUCGUCCAAAAGCAGACUCUCAAGGCUCACAUGAUCGUCCACUCUGACAUCAAGCCUUAUAAAUGCAAGCUUUGUGGGAAGGAGUUCAACAGGAUGCAUAACUUAAUGGGCCAUAUGCAUCUCCACUCGGACAGCAAACCCUUCAAAUGCCUUUACUGCCCCAGCAAGUUCACACUGAAGGGAAACCUCACCAGACACAUGAAGGUUAAACACGGUGUCAUGGACAGAGGGCUGGAUGAAAGAUUGUUUAGGCAAAGGGGGCGAUUCUGCCUGUCCACUCCUAUGGGCCUCCUCACCCACUUCAGCCAAGAGGAGCCUUUUGAUCUUUCCCAGAAGCCUCCAGGCCUUCGCCUCUCCCAGUCCGAUGGCGAGAGUGUCCCCGGAAGCUCAUGUCAGGAGGAGGAUGAGGAGAGUUUGUACAGGAGGAGCCAGUACAGCCCUGAGGUGGACCAACAUGAGCCAGCAGGCGAGGACCAGUACCUCCCUGAGCUGGAGGAGAGAGGGGAGGGGGAGAAACAGAAACAGAUGUACCAGCGUAGUUUAGAUGACCAGACAUAUGAAAGGGAGUCAGCAGAAGAAGGACACUCGUUAGAUCACACAGGUGACCAGGUUCACCUCUUACAGUCAGAAGACACACCUGAGACAGCCUAUGAAUCUUACUUAGAGCUAGGUGACCGCCACGAGACGAGCCGUAGACAGUCAUACGACUCUUAUGACUCUGAUUCAGAACUGGAAGAUCAGAUUCAUCACCAUGAGCCAGAAGAAGAACCAGAGGAAAGCAUGCAGCAGCUGGAUGGAUUUUGUGAGCCAGACAUCGAUGUGGCAGGCAGGAAGCAGAGCAGAUUUGAGACAAGUGAAUUCAUGGAAGCUACAGGUCCACAGGAUGAGGAAGAAGAAUGAGAAAAAACAAAAGGAAGACUGAGAAGAAGAGGCAGGUUUUGGAGAAUGUUAAUGGAGAGAAAAGUGGAGAGGGCUUGAAGGAGGAAGUGUGUAGGUCUCAUACAGCGAUCUGGAGGAAAAUGUUUGUGAGGGAUGUAAUAUAGCAGCUUAUUGCAACAAAGGGAACAUGCACAUAUCACAUUUAUUAAUAGAGCAAAAAAUAAAAUUGUAAGUAUCUGAAAUAAAAAGCUGUGAAGAAAACUGCAUGUACAUAUAUUUUUAUUGACAGACAUAUCACUGACAGAACAUUCAUGUGGAUUUAUGAGUGAUGAGUUAAAAUAUCAGAGUUUUGAAAAAUAUUAUUUCUUUUUUUUUUAUGAAUAAUUUUGUAACGUUAACUCGAAUAUGCAAUUUUCCUUUUAGUAUGUGUGAUAUUAAAAUCAAUCAUUCUGAAUUUCUGAAAACAUUGUGUCAAUAGUUCAAUUUUGAUUUUUUUGUUUUGUUUAUUUGUGCGACAUUGUACUCAAAGUAAACAUCUUCUUUGUUCUUUGUUGGGUAGAAUAAUGUAGUUUUGAUCAAAAUGGAGAAGCUCGAGUCACUUAAAUCUUUGAGUGUAUUUGUGAAAUAAACUGUGAUUUUACAUUUUGUCUAAUGUUUAGAUAGAUGUUUUUUACCUGUGACUUUGUUAGGGGUUGGCAGUGUCUUUCCUGUAUGGCAAUAAUGGUCAACUGAAUAUGAUUCUGCAAAAUAAAUAAUAAAUAAAAGCUUAAAUGCAUGAACCUGUGCAAUGAACCUGCAGUUUGUGUUUUUACCAUACCCCUAUGACUGAAAGAAUACAAGCCCAGAUAUUAAAUCUCAUUCCUCACUGUCACUGUGACACACUUUACCAAGCCAGAGAUGAUUGCCGUGAGUUUCAAAAA